UGGCGUCUUCCCGCAGCGCGGCUCAACGCCUUGAACUUGGCGACCGUUCGAUUUCGGCUUUUAUCCGUAUUCAUUUUAUCCGAUUUUCACGUCACGAGAUCGCAAACGCGGAAAUACAACUUGUAUUUUUACUGAAAUCGCGACGCGGGUAGGCGGGUGGACGUCGACGUCUUGCGCGUCGAUAAGAGGACAAACGACGCCCGGCGCUUCGGCGUCGUUGACUGAUGACCGUACACGCUUAUGACUCGCAUUAAAAAAACAGUUGGCGCGAUUAUACAUGCCUAACAUGUCGAAAACUCUUUUCAAUGUCUAAUCGCAAUAACGGGUCAAAAUAUGCAGAAAAAAAUCGGUAAAAGAUGAUGGCUGACUCCGAUAAAGAUUCCAUACAAUGCUUAGUGUGCGACAGUAAAAUUGGGGUAUCCACUCGAAACAGUAUUCGCAUCUUUGAUGAUUCCAGUUGCACUGCAAGUGAGAGAUCACUGGUGGAUGUUAUAUCAGCUGUUUUAGAAAUCGAUAUCAAUGAGGAAUCUGCGCAUUCCCACGUCAUUUGUAAAAAAUGUUUUAAGCUGUUCAAUGAGGUGGACGAACUUGAAAGUAAAUUAACUGAAGUCAAAAUGGAGUUAUGUAACAAUUAUAAGAAGACAAUUGAAGUUAAAAAAUUAUGUGACAUACUUCAAAAUGAAGAUUACAACGAUCAUGAUUAUACUGAUAAUACGGAAAGUCAACACACAAUAGAGGAAGUGCAAGAAGAAGAUAAAGAUUAUGCACCAGAGGACGAUACAGAGACACAAGAGGAGGGAGAACUGCUUGUAGAAUCAGAAGAAUUCACGGUUGAAGAAGCGGACGAAACAAAUAGUUCUGAUAGCAAAAAGAAAUCGAAGAAGAGCAAAGUUAAAGUACAUCGCCCUCAGGAAAAUAUUGUAUUUAAAGAUGAAUCUUCGUACACCUGCUGCUUGUGUCCAAACGACGAGGAGAGAUUCACGGGAGAUGCUAAAGUCAUUGUAGUGCACAUGAAAGAGGUGCACGAAAUUCGUUUGUAUAUUUGCGACGUAUGUGGACAGGAUUUUAGAAAGAGAAACGAACUCUCCAUGCAUCUCGACGAUCACGUCGCGAAGGAGGAAGGUGACUUUCAAUGCGAGAUAUGUAAUAGAAUAUUUAGUAAUCUGCGACUAUUCCGAAUUCAUAAAAGGAUACAUUAUCCCCAAGUGAAAUCAUGGUCCUGCGUGACGUGUGGGAAAAAAUACAAUUCCAAAAAUUUAUUAGAGGAACAUAUGAACACACACACGGGUGUUCGCCCAUACGUGUGCGAGACUUGUAACAAGGACUUCGCAUCCAAGUAUACGUAUAAAGCACACGUAAAAACACAUGAAGUACGACCUCGUCCAUUCGAGUGCACUCGAUGUAAUAAAACGUUUUUAAGCCAGCAAAAUUUGACUCAACAUGAACGGACGCAUAAUGGGAUAAAGGAAUAUAUAUGCCAUCAGUGUGGGAAGGCUUUUACCUCAUCUCACAAUUUAGAGGUACAUAACAUAGUACAUACCGGAUAUAAACCCUACAUGUGCAAAAUAUGUAGCAAAGCGUUUGCACGUAAAGCAGAAAUACGUGAUCAUGAGAGAACUCACACAGGUGAAAAACCUUAUCAAUGCGAGUUUUGUGGAGCAACAUUUAGUCAGAGAUCGAAUCUACAAUCCCAUAAGCGGGCGACGCAUUAUAACGACAAACGUUACAAGUGUGAGGAGUGUGGAAAAGGUUUCAAAAGAAGAAGAUUAUUGGAUUAUCAUAUAAAAGCGGCGCAUACUGGCGAAAGGCCGUAUAAAUGUGAAGUAUGUACAGCUACGUUUGUCUAUCCUGAGCAUUUCAAGAAGCACAGACGUAUACAUACAGGCGAGAAACCAUAUCUUUGUGAGGUCUGUGGCAAAGCAUUUAACAGCAGAGAUAACAGAAACGCUCAUAGAUUUAUACAUAGCGAUAAAAAACCGUAUGAAUGUUUAGUGUGUGGCAUGGGCUUUAUGAGAAAACCAUUACUUUAUGCACACAUGCAAACUCAGGGUCACUUAAAUGAUACCAUAGUAGUGAAUCAACCGCGACUGACGACGGAAGACGAUCAAGUAAUAACUAUUCCCAAUAAUAAUGGCGAACUGUUGAUGGAAGAAGUUGAGAAUCAACAACAGCUGGACGAAACUGGGUUAUAUGUGACCGAACUGAAAGAUCAUGUGAUUAUACAACAAGAAGGGGAAGAUCAGAUAUAUAAUGAAGAGGAUGUUGUGUUAAAUAUUCCGGCAGAAGAAGUUGUAAGCGCCGAAGUCGACCAUCUUGUCGUCGAAAAUCAAAUGGAGUUUGUGAAAACUGAAAUUGUAGAAAAUAAACCCGAUAUUAAUCAAGUAGAAACGGUAUACGCUUUUAACGAGAAUGAUGAAGGCGAGACGAUAGUUGUACCAGCUUCAGGAGAGAACAAGAACGUGCGAUUAGUGCAGAUCAGAUUUCCGACUUCUGUAGAUGAAGAAGGCAGAAGCUGGUUGAGCUUAGUACAAAAUACUUGAAUUUUUUACUAUCAAUAUGCUGUGUAAUUUACUACGAUUGGAAGUAUGACUGGAAUAAGUAUGUACCAAUGUAUGUACCAAUAAUGACAUAUAUGAGUCAGACGACAUUUAUGUGUUAGAACAGUUUAGAAUAUUAGAUAAUCUAAGCCUUGCCUCAAUUAUUGAAUUAUUGCUGUAAUGUUCUUAUGAUGAAUUUCUAUAUAAAAAAUUCAUCAUUUAAAAUAAAGAUUUAUAUACUAUUUUGGCUGCGAUAAAAUUAAUUAAAUUUAUGUGAAAGUUGAAUGUCAAAUUCAUUAUAAUCUAAUAAAUUACAGUCUAAUUCAUAUUAAUCAUUACCAUACAAUUCAAUGUCCAGUGUUAUAAGAUUAAUUUUAAUGAUAAUUUUUGUAUGUGUGAUUUACUGAAGAACAUAUUACUAAAACGCAUUUAUAUUUUUUAU